AGAUCACAACAUUCCAUAUUUUAGGUUAAUCUAACCUAAAACAUAAACAGUUCAUUAUUUAACGAAUACGAUAAUUUAUUAUAAUAAUUAUUAUAUAUAUUCACUGUGAAUACGUGCCGAAUAAAAAUUAAUUUAGAAAACAUUUCUGCUAUUAUAAAAGUGGCAAUCAUUUUGUUAAUUUUAUAAGUAGUUUUAUAUUUGGGUGUACAAAUGAUAAUUAAACAUUACACUCAAUAAUAUUUAAAAUGGCUUCAAACGCGACAAAAACUAAAUCUAAAUUUCCAACAAUACCAGGCACAAAACCGUCUGUAAAAAAUGCACAGUUGCUUAUCUCAACAGGAAUACCUGCUUUAGACAAUAUAAUAGGUGGAGGUUUACCUAUUGGUUCAAUAUUUCUAAUUGAAGAAGAUAAGUAUGGAUUAUAUGCUAAAAUUAUAUUCAAAUAUUUCAUGGCAGAAGGAGUAGUUACCUCUCAGCCUAUAUUAAUAGCAUCACAAGAUCAUCAACCAUCUCAAUUUAUGUCUGAAUUGCCUGCAGUUAUAAACGACUCAGAAUGCCAUACAAAAACUGUAGAUAAUGGAAAUGAACAAAUGAAAAUUGCUUGGAGAUAUCAGAAUAUGAAAUUGGUGGAUUCAUCUCCCGCAGAAGAUCAUACAUUUGGUCAUUUCUAUGAUCUUACAAAAUCAAUGCAACCGGAUCUUUUGGAACACGCAGAUAUUAAACAGUGGCAUGAAAGUAAUCUGCAGGAGCAGAACAAUAUAUUUGAAAAUACUGCUUACACUGACUUAUUACGUACCAUUCAAGAAAUUUUACGUGAUGGUCAAUAUUUUAUUUCUGAUACGCCAGACAAGAAAAGGAUUUUAAGAAUCGCUAUUCACUGUUUGGGAUCAAGAUUAUGGCUUUCUGACACAGAAACAUCGUCAAAUCAUGAUUUAUUAAAAUUUUUAUACUGCUUUCGAGCACUUCUAAGGAAUUCAUACGCGGUCGGCAUAAUAACUACUCCAGUAAAUAAUUUCGACAACACUGAUGCUUUUGUUGAGAGAAUUGAACAUAUAUCAGACAUAGCAAUCAGAUUAGAAUCAUUUGCGGGAUCUGCGAAGGAAACCAAUCCGUUAUUCAAAGAUUAUCAUGGUCUUUUGCAUAUCAAGAAAUUACCCGCUUUAAAUACCUUGACACCUCACUGUCUAGAAUUCAGAGAUUUAGCAUUUAAAUUACGUCGUAAAAAAUUCAUCAUAGAAGUUCUACAUUUACCACCGGAAUUCGAGGACACAGCACAACGUGAGCAAGAUGAAGCAAUAGCACCCACCAUUGGAUGCACGAGUGGAUCUCAUAAAAGUAUACUAGAUUUCUAGUAUUUACAUGAAUUAUGAUAAAUGUAUUGCAUCAUGUAUUUACAUAAAUUACGAUAUAGCAAAUUAUAUAA